AAGCUGCGACAUGCGAUCACUUAUCUCUCAGUGGGUACGCUAGAGUCGCUAAGCAGUCAUUCGGUAACCUCCUGUCAAGAAAAAUGGCGUCCAGCUUGGGUCAGACUUCAGUGCCUUGGCCAAAUACCAAAGAUGAUUACGAAUUGGGAAAAGUUAUCGGUGUUGGAGCUACUGCCGUUGUACAUGGUGCCCUUUGCAAACCCCGAAACGAAAAGUGUGCCAUUAAAAGAAUCAAUUUGGAAAAAUGGAAUACAUCUAUGGAUGAACUUCUCAAAGAAAUCCAGGCUAUGAGCAGCUGUAACCACGAAAAUGUUGUCACUUACUACACGAGUUUUGUGGUCAAAGAAGAAUUAUGGCUUGUUUUGAAGUUACUGGAGGGAGGUAGUUUAUUGGACAUAAUAAAACAUAAAAUGAGGGCAUCCAAUUGUAAACACGGAGUAUUUGACGAAGCGACCAUUGCCACCGUUCUUAGAGAAGUAUUGAAAGGCCUAGAAUAUUUUCACAGUAAUGGACAAAUCCACAGGUAAAUGUCUUCGGUAAUGUAGUAUAAGUUUAGGAUAUUUCAAACACAUGCUGUUUUUUUAGUUACGAAA